GGGAAGGAGAGACUUGCUUUGGCGAUUCAGACCUGAGCAGGCCAUGAGUUCCCAGGGCUGCUGGCUGGGGCUGCCACUGCUGCUGACCACCGUGGCUGGGGGACUUGUUGGCCCAGGAAGCCUAGGGAUUGCACCCCACCGGGUCAAGAGGGGCUUCACUUACCCAGGCACACUGUGGUGUGGGGCAGGAAACAAUGCCGAGAGCUUCGAGCAGCUGGGGGAGCACGAGGAGACAGACAGAUGCUGUCGAGAGCACGACCAGUGUGAACAUGUCAUCCACCCCUUCACUGUGGGCUUCGGCCAUCACAACUUCCGCUGGCACACCAUCAGCCAUUGCGACUGUGACACCAGGCUGAAGGAGUGUCUGAGGCAGGUGAAUGAUACCACCUCCCGGGCCGUGGGUCAAGCCUUCUUCAACGUCAUCCAGGUGCCCUGCUUCGAGCUCACCUUUGAGGAGCAAUGUGUGGAGCGCUACUGGUAUGGUUGGUGUAAAAGCUAUGGCCCCAUGCCCCGGGCAGUGCUCCAUGAUCCCGUGCUCUAUGAGUUUGGGGGAGAGGUCAUCGAUGGCCUGUCCCACACCUCCCUACAGCUGGGCAGGACUACAGCUCCAGGCCUUGGGGUUCCCACCCAGACCUGGAGGGUCCAGUACUCUCCGGCAGAGCUGGCAGCCCAGGAUGCCAAGGGUGGCAAGAAAGGGAAGAAGAAAAAGGAGAAAAGGAAAAGGAAGAAGGGCCUAUCUCUGCCACAGCUCCUAGGACCAGAGCCCCAGCUGGUGAAGGAGCCAGGGGAGAGCAAAACCUCGGCACCCAGGGGCAACGGGGUAGUGGCCCUGGAUUGGGGUGGCAAGGACAGCUUUAACGAUGUCCUUCACGACGAGCCCAAAGCAGAGGAACUGACAAAGGCAGAGCUCAGGACCACGGCCCAGCCAAAGAAGGGGAGGAAGGGGCAUCGAAGGAAGAAAGGCUUGCCCUUGGCAAGGCCGAGCCUCAGCUGAGGAGGGGGCUGGGGGGACUCCCCCUAUGGGCUCCCUCUCCCUGGCUCCUCCACCGCUGUUGGUGCCCAGGCACCGAAGGGGCUGCAGCCAUGGAGGGGCAGGCAGGGUUUUCUGGUAAAGGUCCAGGGACUGUCAGCGACUGGAGAAACUGUGAAGAGGGAUGGGUGUGAGUGGAAUCCAGAUGAAUGCUUCAAUAAAGACUCUGGGGAGAAUCCCACCGGGUAGGGGGGCUGCCUCCAGCCCCCCACCUCUGGCUUAGGGGCAGGAGAUAGGGAGAAAAAGGGGGUGGUAGGGGGCAGAGAGGCUGCCUCUGUCCAGAGCUCCUCUGGGGAGGGAGGUUAACAAUAACAGCGCUAAAAUAAACCCAUUUCAGCCUCUGCUCUGCCUGCAUCAAUUAGGUGACCCUUACAAGGAGGGCCAGGUCAGGGUGGGGGGCAAUAACCAUUAACCCUUCUGGCAACAGCUUUGGGGAAGUCUGGAG